UUUCAUCAGUUUCAGUUUUCAGUUUUUAGGUUUCCUAUUUGUUGCAAAGUUUACAAAAAUCUAUCCUAAAUUGCUACAAAUAAUGAGAACCUCAAUAUGGCUGAUGAUACUAUUCCAUGCCCAGUGUGUAAUCGCCAGUUUCCACCGAAACUUGUGGAAGAACAUGUAAACAAAUGUUUGUUUCUCAAUACACAAACAUCUUCUAAACGAGAUGGAUCACAUUUACAAGCAGUCUCACCUCAGGAAAAGAGAUUCAAAUCCAAAGAUGCUAAUGCAAAUAUAUUUAAGGAGCCUAAAAAAAGAGAUCCUAGUACCCUGUCCGAAUCAUCGAAAGUCAUUAACAUAAAGCCCACAUCCAGUAAUGUUACAAAGAAUCAAUCUGCAAGCUUUACAAAUUCUGAUCAAACCAGUACAAAAAGUAUACCACUGGCAGAAAGAAUGAGACCCAUUUGUCUGGAUGAUAUAGUUGGACAGAAGGAAUCAUUUGGGGCUGGGUCUAUGUUAAGGUCAAUGUUAGAACAUAAAAAGGUUCCAAAUAUGAUUCUAUGGGGUCCUCCAGGCUGUGGCAAGACUUCAUUGGCUAAUGUGGUUUCAGCCAUGUGCAAGGAGCAAAAUAACAAUUUGCGGUUUGUGAAGUUAUCAGCUACUAUGGCUGGAAUUAAUGAUGUAAAAGAAGUUGUUAAAGUUGCCAAGAAUGAGGCUCAGUUCAAGAGACAGACUGUCCUGUUCAUGGAUGAGAUUCAUAGGUUCAAUAAAUUACAGCAGGACACAUUCUUGCCUCAUGUUGAAAAUGGCACUAUCAUCCUUAUAGGAGCCACCACGGAGAACCCCUCCUUCAGUCUCAACAAUGCCCUGCUGAGUCGCUGCAGGGUUGUCGUGUUGGAGAAACUGAGUUCUGACGAUGUGUUCCUCAUUCUGGAGAAAGCUCUGGCCAAAAAGAAUGCCAUGCUGGUAGAUGCUGAUGGACCAACCAGAAAAUGUGAGAAUGAGGAGGACAUUCCUAACUGCAUAGUCGAGCGCGCCUCCCUACGCUGGCUCGCUGACGUAUGCGACGGGGACGCGCGGGUCGCCCUCGGAGCCCUGGAGCUGGCGCUGGAGUCGCGCGAGCCCUCGGAGGAGGAGCUGCGGCGGCAGGGACCCGCCGUGCUGACGCUUGAGGAUAUACAGAAUGGGAUUAAGCGCACGCACAUGCUGUACGACAAGGGCGGCGAGGAACACUACAACAUCGUGUCGGCCAUGCACAAGUCCAUCCGCGCCGGCGACGACAACGCGGCGCUGUACUGGACCACGCGCGCGCUUUACGGCGGGGAGGACCCCCUGUAUGUGGCGAGGCGGCUGGUGAGGGCCUCGGCCGAGGAUAUCGGUUUAGCAGACCCGAACGCUCUAGUGGAAGCAGUAGCAACGUUGCAGGGUUGCCAACAGCUGGGCAUGCCUGAAUGCAACGUAUUGCUAGCCCAGUGUGCCGUGAGACUGGCGAGGGCACCCAAGAGCGUCGAGGUGUACCACGCCAUGCAGAGGUGUCAGAGAUCACUGGCGGAAGCGAAGGGGCCGCUUCCUUCUGUGCCGCUUCAUCUACGGAAUGCUCCCACCAAGCUUAUGAAACAGUUAGGUUACGCCCGUGGCUACAACACUAGGAAUAAAAACGAGUCAGGUCUCUGUUAUAUGCCUGAAGGGAUGGAGAAUGUAGAUUUCUUCCAAGGUGAUAGUGCUAUGUGAUACUUAAAGUUGAAUCUGUGUACAUAAAAAUUAAACAAAGUUUUCCUAA